AUAUGCUACUCUUUUGCCCUUUUAAUUCUAAGGCGAAUAUCAUGGUAACAACCCUGAAAUGUCAAAGCUGCUCCAUAAAGCUGUCCGCCAAAAGAGUGAAAGUGCUUACUCAAUUUAUCAACAACAUUUGGUUAACCGGCCUGUGAAUGUUCUCAGGGAUCUCCUCGAGUUUAAAAGUGAUCGUUCCCCAAUUCCAGUUGGAAGGGUAGAACCUGCUACAUCUAUUGUUCAGCGGUUUUGCACUGGUGGCAUGUCGCUUGGAGCUAUUUCCAGGGAAACUCACGAAGCGAUUGCUAUUGCCAUGAAUAGAUUGGGUGGGAAAUCUAAUUCAGGAGAAGGGGGUGAGGAUCCUAUUCGCUGGAGUCCACUUACUGAUGUUGUUGAUGGGUACUCUCCAACAUUGCCGCACCUUAAAGGUCUUCAAAAUGGUGAUACUGCAACGAGUGCCAUCAAGCAGGUUGCUUCUGGGCGCUUUGGUGUUACUCCAACAUUCUUGGCUAAUGCUGAUCAGCUAGAAAUCAAAAUUGCUCAAGGUGCAAAACCUGGUGAAGGCGGACAAUUGCCAGGGAAAAAAGUUAGCGCUUAUAUUGCAAGACUAAGGAAUUCAAAACCUGGUGUCCCUCUCAUAUCUCCACCUCCACACCAUGACAUUUAUUCUAUUGAGGAUCUUGCUCAAUUGAUUUUUGACCUUCAUCAGGUCAACCCUAAGGCCAAAGUAUCAGUGAAGCUUGUGGCGGAAGCUGGCAUUGGCACAGUGGCUUCUGGGGUAGCAAAGGGUAAUGCUGAUGUUAUACAGAUAUCUGGGCAUGAUGGGGGAACUGGAGCCAGCCCUGUGAGUUCCAUUAAGCAUGCUGGUGGUCCUUGGGAACUCGGGCUUACAGAAACACACCAGACACUCAUUUCAAAUGGACUCAGAGAAAGAGUCAUUCUCAGAGUUGAUGGUGGCUUUAAAAGUGGAUUUGAUGUCCUAAUGGCUGCGGCAAUGGGUGCAGAUGAGUAUGGAUUUGGUUCUGUAGCAAUGAUUGCCACAGGUUGUGUGAUGGCUCGUAUCUGCCACACGAAUAAUUGUCCUGUUGGUGUUGCCAGUCAGAGAGAGGAAUUAAGAGCUCGUUUUCCUGGUCUACCUGGUGACCUGGUCAACUUCUUUUUAUAUGUUGCUGAAGAGGUAAUGUGUAUUUCUCCAUAUUCGAAUUUUGUCACAAGAUGCUUCAAUCUAAUCAUGUUACAGGUUUCUUAGAGUUCCAAUUCCUUU